GUGUAACUCAUACAUGCAAGUUGUCAUCAUGAAUAUACUUGACAUUGAUCAAUUCUUUUGUGAAUAUCAGAUUCCAUCAUGUGGCAUUAUCUCCUCCUCGGUGGAGGUGGCCUGCUCUGUUACAUCUCAAGCGUCAGCGUGAGCGAUAUCGCGAGUGUCGGCUCUGUACCUUGGUACGGUCUCGCUAGUGCCGUCCUUUCCAUUCGCUACUACCAAGGAUUUCUCUUUAGAAUCUCCUACAUCCUUCUCCUUAUCUACUGGUAUGCAUUUGUAUCUGGUGGUGGGUAUCUACAAUCAGAACAGUACACGCAUAUUCUGUUCGAGCUUGCACGAUCUCGAUCUGCAACUUAUGGAGAGACCAACGUGGAUGGCAUACACUGGACACUUAACAUUGCAUCGUUUUUGAUCUACACGGCUAUCAAUGACCUCGGAGAUGCCCUUCUACCGACUUGGUUCUGGAGUAGGCUUGCUUUUAACAUGUUGUUAGAGUUCGUGGUCUUUGGUCAUCCAGUUUAUCAGUUGUUCUUGCAACAACAAAUCGCCUGGUUGGUGAGGUGGAAUCGGAAUUUGUUCAGAUGGCGGGACUACGCAAUGGAGCUUCUCGUGGCGAAAACUUGUCAAAAGUUUGACAAUAAAUAUACGAGAGCUCUACUGUAUAUCUGGUGGUGGGCGGGCCACAUGAUUUAUAAAUACUUCACUCCAGACCUUAUGAGCCGUAUUUCGACCAACUUUCUCGUCCUACAGAUGACCACAUGGGUGUUUGAUGCUUGGAAAGAACCGUCUCCUUUUAUCAACAAGUCGAUCCACUACGCAACGAUCUACUUCAUUUGGUUCCGGGAACUCUUCCGCUUCAGCAAUCCAAAUCCUCCCAUGUUCAAAUACUCGAAGCUUCAAAAGCCUGACCACAUCCGCUUGUUGCUCCUCCAUCCACGAUUUGGCUUCCGCCCUGUUUCGGGAAGCAUGGUUGAUGGACCAUACAUGCGACUUCUAUUCUACGAAGCAAUUUCGUACACGUGGGGAAAUCCUGAAAGGACUGAGGAGAUCAUGGUGGAUGGGUGCCGAAUGAUGGUUACGAAGAGUGUGUAUGAAGUUUUGGCAACACUGAGCUCUCAAUUUCUCCCACAGCUGCUCUGGAUAGACGCAAUUUGCAUCGAUCAAGAAAAUGAAGAGGAAAAGGAGCAGCAAGUACCUAUCAUGGAUACGAUCUACUCAAACGCACUCUUCACAACUGUAUUCCUAGGGCAGUCACCAUUACCAGAAUCCACUAUCGCCGCAAGAAAAGAUGGUAUCCUCCCCUACCAAUUCGACGGCAUCGUUCCACCAGAUGACCAGACACGCAAUCAUUUCGAAACCGCUCGCCUCACAAUUUCAACGUUCAACGAAUUCAACAUACUUAAAUAUCCCCUCCGUAGCAGUGGAAAAACUAUGUACGAACUCUACGAAGCCUUCCUCUCGCCCUCCACCAAAUCCCGCCAGUGGCAAGCACUCAUCACCUUCCUUCAACACCCCUGGUUCGCCCGCGUUUGGGUCGUCCAAGAAGUCGCACUCUCACCACACGUCCAAGUCCGAUAUGGCGAUGAAACCAUCGAUUGGCGAAUCAUGGCGUCAGCCGUCACAAUGAUCCAUAACUUGAGGCAUUUCCGUCUAUGGCUUGAGUGGUUUCAUAACGUGCAGAUUAGGCAUGCAGAGCAUUCGAGCUUGUAUAAUAUCAUGCGGAUAGAUAAGCUGAGAGAGAAUUUAUGGCCGAGUGAGAAGUAUGGGUUUGCGAAGGAAGUCACGAUUACGCAUGUUUUGGCGGAAAGUACGUAUUUCAAAGCGACGAAUCCGAGGGAUCAGGUUUAUGGAUUAAUGUCGUUGUGUGGAAAGAAGAGUGCUUUGACUGUCGAUUAUCAGGCAAGUGUAGAGAGUGUGUAUAUGGCUGCUGCGAAGGAACUUAUCGACAAGAAAUCAAUGGGACUGUUGUUUGGGCUAGCGGGAAUUGGGAAUCGUACGGGUCGGGAAGAGGGAACGCUCGACCUUCCUUCGUGGGUACCGGAUUGGACGAAUGCACCAAAGUAUGAUCGUAUUAAGCAUCCGAUUGAAGACUCAUUUGAUUACCGCUGGAAAGUCCAGAUGGGCAACAGCGAUGAACCAAAAUCUGAUAUUACGAUCAGCGAUGACAACACGCUCCUGAUUACUGGAACCUUCGUCACUACCGUCACAGAAGUUGGACCAUCACUGUUCAACACGCCAGUCACCGAAAGCAACGGUGUCGUGGACGAGAUGCACCACCUCUAUCAGAACUACUCAAACUGCAAAGAAUUCCUAAAAACGUCCAACUACACAAGCGAUCCAUAUGCCCACGCCGACUGUCAAUCACUCAUCGAAGCUUUCCACAAUUCAUUGAAUACCGGCCGCAAAGAUAAUCUGACUUCCUGGGCCGAACAGUUGGAGAAUUUUCGCUUACUACCAGAAACACGAACUGACAAAGAGCGUGAUGGUGUGUUUGACAUUCUGCAGCAGAUGGAUAAUAUGACGCAAAAGAUUGAGGGGCAUUGUGGGGGGAGAAGAAUGUUUGUGGCGGAAGAUGGGUGGAUAGGAUUGUGUCCGCCAGGAGCGAGAAUCGGGGACAGGGUGUUUGCUGUGAAGGGGGUGAAAGUUUCGAUUGUGUUGAGGGAAACGGAUGGUGAGUUGGAGAAACGAUAUAACUUGGUCGGAGAAUGUUAUUGUCAUGGGUUAGAGCCAGAGAAGCUAGAAUUCCCGGAGCUAAAGGUCAAGGUAGUCUGAAUCCCGAAGGAGAAAGAUCAAUAGCUAUCCAACAAAUCUAUUUCUUUGAAAAUA